GGUUUGUACUCGUGUCCCCGAUGCGACAACUGAAGCUUCUACGAUGUUCUCAAGAACGACAUUCAUUGCGGCCGGGACCGUAACCGCGAAGCGCUGGCGUCCUGCGAUGGGGCGAAAACUUUUUUCAUUAAGAUAUCUUGCAAUUUGGUAAGGCUACUAACGCCUUACCUCCCACGAGGCGAGGACCGCUUGCCUCCACUCUCGAUAGCAAACUGGCCUCUGGGCACUCGAAUCUCGAGUGGUUCAUUUAGGGGAUACAUUUUCCAGGCACUCUCAUAAGGGAUGCAAUGGAGUAACGGGACCGCUCUGAUGUACAACCACAUGGUACUUCCCCUGAUGCGACACUUUGCAAAUCUCGAGAAGAAUCUUUUUGCAAGGUGUUGGUCUCACGUGACUUGUCUACGACGAGGACAUCAGGGGAGGGACCAACAUCAGUUGUGACCCUGUCUAUCUCCGGAGUUUUGCUUCAAGCGACGUGGACAUGUCCGAGGGCAAAAGCUCUUAGACAACAACAAUUACUAGUCCUGGUCGACGUGUUAUGAACAACGACGCAAAAGUUUUUUGAAGGCGGAACGCGAGAGGGGACUGGGCCGAGAAUAGGACCGGACAUGGACCUUUCAUUUGGCAAACGGGUGCCUAUGUGAUAGUCGCCUGAAAGGGACCACGGUGUGAGCAUCCGAAAGCUUGCGAAAGGCACUCCCUUUGCUUAGCAACAUAAGUAGGACUCGCCCUCGCACCCAUACGACGAUGGAUUCCGCCCUGACGCUCUCAUGCUUUACUUGGUUCAAGCUUGGCCUUGAGCUGGCCGCUACCUUCGCGUUCUACGUCUCCCUCACUCCCCCGUCGCCUCCCCCAGAGCGAUCAGAGAUCGUGAAGACACCGUCAUCAACAUUGGACUGGUUCCGGAUUGCGUUCCUAACGCCUGCAACUAAGUAUGCGGCGAUGUUACCAAGUCUUAUCGAAAUAGCUGUCGUGCUACUCUCUCGAUAUCCCCCUGAAUAUUCCACCCAACUUACGUCUCUCCUCCGAUAUGACGCCAACACCUUCAUUUCCCGCCCACCUGCUGCUUUCCUUCUUGGCGUCUCAGUUACGCUUUUAGGCACCGCCACACGCAUCUGGUGCUUCCUCGUCAUGGGUCAGAACUUUAUGUUCCAACUAGCCCUGAGGAAAGACCAUCAACUCGUGACUCACGGACCAUACUCGAUUGUCCGGCAUCCGAGUUACACGGGAUGGUAUCUCAGCAUCUUGGGCAUCUGCAUCAUGAACUUGAGCGAGGGCUCGUGGCUUCGUGCCUCAGGGUUCUUACAGACGUGGUCCGGGGCACUCAUCGCCUUAGCAUGGGCAGCAACCAAUGUGAUGUUCAGCCUCAAGAUACAAAAGCGCGUACACGUAGAGGACGGGUUCCUCUUCGAUCGCUUCAGCAUUGAGUGGGAGGAGUACGCGGAGCGAGUACCGUUUAGACUGGUUCCAGGUAUAUUCUAACCCCCGUUAAUUCUUGCCUAUCAUUAUUUGUCGGACUCAAGCAUUGUCUCGUAUUUAUUCAUUGCACUUGUCGUUAUACACUCAUUCCAUCACAUCUUACCUAGAUCUCCACGAUUAUAUCCCUAUAUCCCUAUCGUCGCGUUUGCUCAUAUCUAUUAUCUGC